AUGCCUGCAGAACUCAGACCGACAUCUAUCCUUCAUCGGACGCCCUGGAGGCCUCCUGUAGCUACCAGUGCCAAGGGAAUCCAAAUACAGCUCGAGGAUGGAACUACUCUUAUAGAUGCCGUCGGUGGUGCGGCCGUAGCGUGCAUCUGGCAAGCAACCAUCCAAGUGGUUAAACAGGCUAUUAAAGGAUCAAAUGUGUACAACAUGCAACUAUCCAAUGAACCGGCAGAGGAACUUGCAAAGUAUCUGGUUUCCACCGGGGGCGGCGCGUUCGAUCUAUGUGGCUUCGUGUCCGGAGGUUCCGAGGCCAUGGAAGCCGUGAUCAAGCUCGCGAGGCAGUACUUCUAUGAAACAGGUCAACCCAAGCGCACAAAUUUCAUCGCACGACAAUUGUCCUUCCACGGGAACACUGUCGCAACGCUCUCACUCGCUCACCACGCGGCACGUCGCGCUCCAUAUGAGGCUAUUCUCGAUCACGGGAACUUCCAUCACGUUUCACCGGCGUAUGCUAAACGGUUCCAGCUACCGAACGAAACAGAGGAACAGUACGUGGAAAGGCUGCGGAAAGAGCUGGAGGAUAAGUUCAUCGAACUCGGUCCUGAUACCGUUGUUGGAUUCGUUGCAGAAACUGUUGUUGGUGCGACGACUGGAGUAGUCGCUGCACCCAAGGGGUACUUCAAAGCAAUGAAGUCUGUUUGCGACAAAUAUGGCGCUUUGUUCAUCCUUGAUGAGGUCAUGAGUGGAAUGGGAAGAAUGGGCUGUUACCACGCGUGGGAACUAUAUGGCGACGGUAUCGCACCUGAUAUCCAGGCUGUAGCUAAAGGCCUUGGAGGAGGGUAUGCAUCAAUAGGCGCUGUUCUGAUGUCCAAAAAGGUGGCGGACGGCAUUCGUGAUGGUUCAGGAUUCUGGAAGCACGGGCACACAUACCAGGCUCAUCCGCUGGCUUGUGCAGCGUCUCUCGCAGUACAGAAAGUGAUUCAGUCAGAAGGCCUUAUCGAAAACUGUCGGAAGCAAGGUGUUUAUCUAGGAUCUCGACUGAAGGAGCGUCUGCAGGGCCCCAACUCCUUGGCAGCUCCGUUUAUCUUCGAUAUUCGAGGAGGAGGCGGAUUCUGGGGCAUUGAGCUAGACUUCACAUCCCCUGAAGCGGCAUCGUACAGCCUCAAGGGCAAGCCGGUUGGUAUUCUUGUUCAAGAGCGCGCCUUCGAGAAAGGGCUUAUCGUCAUGGGGAUGACGGGAGGCGCCAUUCGGGAAGGCGUCGACGGGAACCAUGUUAUGCUGUCGCCUGCUUACAAUGUCACAACUGAGGAGAUCGAUAAGAUUGAAGCCACCGCCAGCUCUAGUUCGUCUACUCACCUCGACCUCGACUCAUUACCCACUACUGGACCACGCUCGCUGCGCUCGAGUGCACGGACCAAGGCCGCAAAGAACAAGUCAAAGGACAAGGGAAAAGCAAAAGAACGCGAUACGGGCCUUACAGAGUCAUCGUCUGCCCAACCAGCGACAGAGUCUAGCUCCACACGGACCACCCGAGCCGCCACGAAAGCCAAACGAACCAAAGAAUCUACCGCAAAUUCCAAACCAAAAGACUUAUCCGACGAGUCUUCACGCCAAUCCAGACGAACCCGUAAAGGCGCAUCUUCUACAUCGACAGCCUUAACUAUCAACGAACCACUCAAGGAUCCCAAGGGUAAGAAACGCGCGGCACCAGACACUAACUCCGACGACGACGCUCCUGGCCCUUCCAAACGUGCAAGAACUACCGCAUAUUCCCUACGUUCCCAGUCUAUCUCCAAACCCGCUAACAUGCCCCGAAAGACCCGUUCAUCAGCCGCUGUGAAAGGAAAGAUGGCCAUACGAUCUAAAGCAAUGGCUGUCGCCAGCUCCUCUCGCCUCGAAGACGACGAUGUUGAUAUGGGUGACUCUGACUAUAAACGAGAAGAAUCUGAUCAUGACGAACGAAUGGAAGACCCCGUCGAAGAUGGGAAUGACCACGACAGCGCAGGAUCAGAAGAUGACCAUGAUCCAGGACCAGGAGAUGGGCACGAUGAUGACGGAGAUGAUGAUGAUGACGAUGAGGGCGACAAUGAUGUCCUAAUGCCUUCAGGACCAGGAGGUGGUAUACCCGGGGGGUUGGAUGAGACGACUGCCAUGGCUAUCUUCGGCGACUAUCGUCAAUUUGGCUCUUACAUGCUCUCGCUCUCAUCUCGUCUCAGGACAAUGCUGAACAACAUCAAAAGCACUGCAGACCCUACCACUCGCCUGGUCACCCUACAGGAGCUCAGCGAAUUGCUAAGCAUCAGUACCGAGGACACCCUGGCCGGCUCGUUCCAGGUAGAGCAGUUUGUCCGGGAACUUGUCAAAAUUCUAGGAGGACGCGGUGCAGACAACGAUGAAGACGAGGAUGCGGAUGAAGAACAUCAUGAACGAGAUGAGGAUGCUGCAUUAGCCGCCGCAUUGGCCAUGAGCACCGGCAACAUAUAUCAAGGAGAUAGCAACCUGGAAGCUCAGGUGCUUGCAUGCCGAUGCCUGGCCAAUCUAAUGGAGGCGCUACCUGGUGUGGCUCAUACGGUUGUCUACCAUGGUGCCAUUCCCGUUCUCUGCAGUAAACUCAUUGAGAUUUCAUACAUUGACCUCGCUGAACAGACUUUGAGCACUAUGGAGAAAAUUUCAGAGGAGUUCCCAAGCUCCAUUGUCCGCGAAGGAGGGCUUGCUGCUCUACUCAACUAUCUUGACUUCUUUUCCAUCGCAGUGCAAAGAACUGCUCUUCAAGCUGCAUCUAACUGCUGUCGCAAUAUAUCACCAGACCAUUUCACCAUGAUUCAAGGUGUAUGGCCUAUCAUCAGAAAUUGCUUGGCGUACUCAGAUCAACGACUGGUUGAAUUCGCUUGCUUGUGUGUCAUUCGGGUCAUAGAUUCAUAUCAUCGAUCAUCGACGGAGAACUUGGAAUCUUUGGUCGAUACAGCAUUGAUCCGGGCUAUUAACCAGCUUCUCAUGCCUUCAGGUGGUUCUUCCAUGAUUGCGGCAAACACGUUCACUCUUCUGCUGCGUGCCCUCGCUACAGCUGCCAGGUGUAGUCCAAAGAUCACUAUCGCGCUCCUUGAAGCGGAUGUUGUGGAUACUUUGUAUCAGAUCCUCACUGGAGUCCUUCCACCUAGCAGUGAAAAUGGAUAUGAACAGGGUAACUCUUCCGGAGGACAGGGUCUCGGAGGAGGUCUUGCUGAUAUGACCGUCAUGGAGAACCUUGCGCAUCGGCCAAAGGAUCAAGUUGAAGAAGCUCUUAGUUUGAUAUCUGAGCUGAUGCCGCCUUUGCCGAAAGACGGAGUGUUUGACCAUAAAGCAUAUACGGAGAAAUCACUUGCAAAGAUGCAGAAAGCCAAAGCUAAGGCUGAUCGAGCAGCAGCUCGGCAAGCAUCACAAGCGACACUAGCAGCGGCUUUGAUGGUCUUCCCUGCCGUUGAAGAGGCAGGGCCUACAGAGGCGCCUACGGCUGUACAUACUCCCCAAGAAACGCAUGGAUCCGGAGAAACUGGUCCCAGCGGACCUCCAGACCGUACAGAACUGCUUCGGUCCAAGUCUGAGGUUGUUGGACGAUUCAUGAAUCUGACCGUCCCAAUUCUAAUCGACGUGUAUGCCGCGAGCGUCAUUACACCGAUCCGCGUGAAGACACUCACAGGCCUACUCAAAGCCAUCAGCUUCCUUGAUGCUGAAGGUCUAAAGCGAGUAUUAACGUUUGUACCAGUCGCCAGCUUCGCUUCGUCGAUUUUGUCCUCUAAGGAUCAUCCCACCCUGGUCAUUGGUGCACUGCAGCUCGUGGACUUGUUACUCUCCAAGGUGCCUUCCUUGUACACGCCCACUUUCAAACGAGAAGGCGUCUUCCAUGAAAUUGAAGGCCUUGCCGCAAGAACCGUAGUAUCUUCAAAAAUGAAAGACAAAGGGGAUAAAGACAAGGAAUCUUCUGAUGCUUCAACCCCUCCGGAUAUGAGCAGCGCAGCUACAACACCAGCUCCAACAAUUCCAGGUUUUAAGAAGUUAACUUCUUUGUCUCUGGAUCCUGACGACGCAAUAACCCUGCGAGCUCGUGUCAUAAAAUUCAAGCACCUUUCGGGUGACGACCAGGGUGACUCUGAUGCCGGGUUUGACACUCUUCGACGCCUUGUUGAACGUAUAUCUUCUCGAGCAUCGUCGGAGAAGGAACUGACCGAGGCGCUUUGGGAGUUGGCGGAUCUUUUCUCCUCGCCGCAUACUUCUGUCUCCAGCUUUGAGUUACUGCAAAGUGGACUUGUCGAUACACUGCUUACCUUCGCAACAGAAACAGAAGGGCUAGUGAGUCUCACCAGAAGAAGGGAGCUUCUGCUUGAUGCUCUCGUGAACCGUAGAACGAAGCACCUCAGCAGUUCUCAGACGCCGUUCAGUACUUUUGUCAAAAAACUGCAGGAAAGUCUCACCAGAAUGGAAUCAUUUGACGUUGUUACCGUGGCCCAAAGCUCUGACGAUUCAAAGCGAAGUUCACCUUCCCUUUUGGCUCGCCAGCUCCGUCUAAGGCUAGUGGCCGGUGAUGAGUCCGGUGUACCACGUAACCUUCACAAUAUUGUGGUGUCAAUCCAUGCCAUUGCCACUUUCCAAGCUCUCCAUGAUUAUCUUCGACCACGCGUAGCUGGACUUUUAGGAAGUGGAAGUCGUCUAUCUGGUAUGCUUGCGGCUUUAGCAGCAUCAGGCUUUACUAGUGGCCCAUCAUCCCGCACCGAAGAAACCGCCCCGGCGUCAUCUACCACAGCCGACGCUGGUUCAUCUACUCCUGCAGCCACACCUUCUAUCACUCGCCGUCGAAGUCAGCGUCUUAGUGCAAAAAAUUCGGCAACUGCUGAACCUUCGGACGCACCGGCUGUCGAUCCGCUGCCUACUGACAACGUUCCGGAGACUGCUCCCAGUGACACUGUUGUCGAUUCUGAAAUCCAUGCCGACUUCAGCGAUGAUGAAGUUGACGCUGAAGUCUUUGACGAUGACGUCGACCCGGAUACUUCUAUAUCAGACAAGACAGUGACACUUUCGGUUGCUGAAGAUGGUACAAAAGUGGAAGCGCAAACCCCUGAUGGCACCCGAGUCGCAACGCCAAGCCUUUCAAGUAAAGACAAUGCGCCUUCUCGGUCCUCUUCGUUAAGCAAGGUUUCUUACGCAGCUGCGUUGAAGGCUAAGCCCCAGGAUUGGCAUUUGGAGUUUUCGAUGGACGAUCAUAUCCUUCCAUUAGACUUGACUAUCUACGGUGCUAUGCAUCAACAUGAGAUGAGGAAGAAUGCUGGGCCCGUCCCGUCGAGCCUGAUCUGGCAGGGUGUCUACACGGUCAAGUUCAAGAAGGUACAAGGACCUCUGCCGUCAUCUGACACAAAUGGGACCGAAAACGGAGUGAAGAGUCGAUCUUCUGCGCCGUCGCUGACGUCUCUCCCCGAAGAUGCUCCGCAUGCCAAGAUUCUGCGUCUCCUACGUGUACUCCAUCAAUUGAACACCACCGAGGCCGAGCGUGCAGUCUUCAAUGGCGACAAGAGGAAUUUACCCGAAGUUGCCUUUGUGAAUAACAAACUCACCGCGAAGCUCACUCGGCAACUAGAAGAGCCCAUGAUUGUCGCAAGCUCUUGUCUACCCGACUGGGCGCUUGAUUUGCCUCAGCACUUCCCUUUCCUUUUCCCCUUCGCCACACGAUACAACUUCUUGCAAUCAACAUCGUUUGGUUAUGCCCGGCUUAUACUCAAAUGGCAGAGCCAACAAGGUCGUGCACAGGAUAGUUCACGGCGAGAUGAUGGCAUUGGUUUCUUGGGUCGUUUACAAAGACAAAAAGUCCGGAUAUCUCGCAAGCACAUCUUGGAGUCUGCAGUAAAGGUCUUCGAGCUAUAUGGAUCAUCUUCUUCCGUUCUGGAAGUAGAAUACUUCGAGGAGGUUGGCACGGGUCUUGGACCGACGCUAGAGUUCUAUUCUCUAGUUUCAAAAGAGUUUGCAAGAAAAGACUUAAAGCUAUGGCGGGAUGCUGAUUUACCUGGCUCCGGUGUCUAUGUCAAUCAUCCCGUGGGACUCUAUCCGGCACCCAUAAGUCCGGAAGAUAUAGCUAGCGACGGUGGACAAAAACGCACGCAUGUGUUCAGAGUCAUCGGCCAAUUUGUAGCGAAGGCAAUGCUCGACUCUCGUAUUAUCGAUCUGUCGUUCAACAAGGUCUUCCUCAAGCUCGUUUUAGGCGAAGAAGUUCCUGUAACAGUGGCCACUCUGAAGCUUGUGGAUGUCGAUCUCGGAAAUUCGUUAUUGAAAGUCCUCAACAUUGUCAACACACAGAAUCAAGUCCCCUCCGAUAAGUUAUCAAGAAAGAUUGCCAUGGUCGAGUCAGUUGAUAUUGAGGAUCUUGCCCUCGAUUUCACGAUCCCUGGCUAUGAUAUCGAGUUACGGCCCGGAGGACGGGACAUUGCCGUUACCGCUGAGAAUGUCCAUGAGUACGUCGAAGAGGUACUCGAUGCUAUCAUCGGUAAAGGCGCUGCACUGCAAGCGAAGGCUUUCCGCGAAGGAUUCUCCAAAGUUUUCCCUAUAUCAGACCUCCAGGCAUUCUCAGCCGAUGAGCUAGUCAUGCUCUUUGGCAAUUCUGACGAGGAUUGGAGCAUCGAGACUCUUAGCGAAGCUUUGAAAGCUGACCACGGCUUCAAUCCCGAAAGUCGGGCUAUCCGUGAUCUGGUCGAAAUAUUGGCGGAAUAUGACCCCCCGACCCGUCGCGAUUGCUUACAGUUUAUCACUGGAAGUCCUAAGCUUCCAAUUGGAGGUUUCCGAGGUCUAAAUCCACCUUUAACAGUGGUCAGGAAACCUCACGAAGCACCCCUUACGGCAGACGACUAUCUUCCCAGUGUCAUGACCUGCGUAAAUUAUCUGAAAUUGCCAGAUUAUAGCUCAAAGGAGGUCAUGCGGGAGAAGCUACGCAUUGCGAUUAAAGAGGGUGUAGGGAGCUUCCAUCUGUCUUAAAUAAUUGUUGCAGAGAUAUUGAAGAGAAGUCAUCGAGUCAUAUGG